AUGGUGCUCUCAGAGAUUGUCAGCUUUUCCAUUGCUGUUUUAGAAAGCCUUCUAUCCCUCUACUUCAACUCGUACAUUGUGGCCUUCCACGUGAGAAGACUCAGGAACAAGGUGAAGCUGAACCCUCCCAGCCUCCUCCAGCUGGUCAUGGGGGCCACUAACAUCAGCAUGCGAGGAAUGGUGCUCGGGACUUCCAUUGCUUUAUUGUUCCCUAUUUAUCAUGUGACGAGGUUGUACCACGCAACAUUGGUCAUCGUCCCUAUCCACUUAAACUUCAGCUAUUGGCUGAUUGCCUGGCUCAGCACCUAUUACUGCACCACCAUCACCAACAUCCGAAUCUUCAUCUGGAUGAAGAGGAUCCUCGUGUCCUUCUUGCCUCACCUGCUCUUCCUCUCUGCGGUUGUGUCUUUUAUCCUGUCUAUCCAGUCAGUCUGGUAUCUUAACAUCCAAAUCUCCUUUCACAACUCCACACUCCGUUCCAUUUUACCAGAUUUUAAAUUCUCCAUUUACAACCCCAAUGUAGUACUGAUCAUCAGUCUCUGUUCCAGCCUGCCCUUCCUGGUGACCCUCGGCGCCCUUGUGGUGACCAUGUCCUCCCUCUUCAGACAUAUCAGGAAGGUGAAGAAGAACGACUCAGGAUUUGCUCCUCCGAACCUCCAGGCUCAUGUCAGAGCUAUGAGAACUAUGAUAUUAUUUCUUCUCCUUUCCAUCCUCUCCAAUGUUGCUGAGAUCUUUAAUAUUGUGGCUCCAUCUUUCUCCUUCUCCAGUGACUUGCUACAGUUCAUUAUAUGGUUAAUGGUAGCUAUCUUUCCAUUGGCAGAAGCCGUCAUUAUUAUCCAGUCCAGCCGCAAGCUGAAGGAGAUGGUUCCACAAAUAUUCUGUGUUGGAAGAUUGAUGGGAGGCCAGAACUAG